GGGUAACAAUAACUUCUACACCAGAUUGAAAAGAUCACGGUUCUUCUACUUUAGAAAAGGAAAGGAAGUGGAAUUGUGGGAAGUAGUUGCGAAUAUUUUGUAGAGGGAUAUUGAAGAAGAAGCUCUGCAGCAACCACCAAGCAUGCAAUCAGAACUUGAAUACCAAACUACAGGAGAGGGGGAAGACUGUGGCACUCAGGUCAAUGUCAUCAAUCGUAUGGCUGCACUUCCUGUGGUCAGUUCAACUUUGUCCCAAGUGACCAAUGCUUACAACUGGAGUAAGGACAAGAAUAGUCUGGUCAAGUAUACUCUGGAGAUGGCUGAAAGUACUGUAGCCAUGGCUGCUAGCACUGCCCAGCCGGUGGUCAAUAGACUUGAAGGACCAAUUUCUGCUGUUAAUGAAUAUGCUAACCAGCAGAUGGAUAAACUUGAAGAGAAGAUCCCAGUCAUCACUGAAUCACCAGAGAAGAUGAUGAUGAAUCUCCAGGAUGGCACUAAGAAGAUGAUUGAGAAUACCAAGAAAGCUGGUUCAGAUCGCAUCAAUAACCUUCUACUGACCAAAGUCGGGAAGGCACUGACCACUGGAGUGGACAUUGCUCUGCUGCUUUCUGAGUUUGCCGUGGACUACUACCUUCCUGAAGAAACCACCGCUAAUAACGGUGAGGCGCAGGUCCCACACCAAGCCUUAGCUGCUGCUGGAGUUGAGCCUGAAGACCAUAUCCCUGAGGAUAAGCCCCUUGAAGCGACUGUCCAGCGAGCAAGCCGUGUGUCCAACAAGGUCAGACGUCGUGUUCUUAGCAAGGCCAUGCGUAAUAUCCGUUAUGCUCAGAAGCGUAGUCAGGAGACACUUGAGAAACUGUACUUUACUGUAGACUUGAAUAAAGAACAGAAGACCUUGGCCAUUGCUCAUAAUCUUGCUGGUCGUCUACAAGUCUUGAGUGGUAAUAUUGCAGGCAGUGUACUUCUUUUGCCCAAGAGUCUACGUACUAAGGUAGAGGAAGGUCGAGAGCUUGCUGAUGCCCUUUAUAACUCACUGGAAGAGGUGCAGAUGAUUUGUAAUAUACCAGUCAAUGUCUUUGUCACUGCUAAACUGCAAUUGAACAAGAUGUCUGAUAUCUCCAUGUCUUUUGCUGGUUCCUUGGUAUCUUUGAGGCCUAUCCAGUGGAUGCUAUCAGAUAGAGAAUCAAGCAGGCGCUACGAACAUCCAUCUGAUUCUAAAAACCAUCACGGAGCAGUUGGGAAUGACGAUCAACGUCCAUGUCAAAUUAGUAACACCUCAAGUGAUGAUAAAGUCAAGGAUGGUGAUAUCCCCUCUGACAUCGACGGUGAUCUCAAUGAUACCAUUGAUAAGGAUGUUGUUGGCGAUGUUGGUGGAGACUUUGACAGAGGCAAGAUAGAUCAUGACGAGUCUUCAAUCGGAUCACCGCUAUCAGACGGAGAAUCAAGCAAGUGCUACGAACGUCCACCUGAUGACGAAGAUUCUAAAAACCACGGAGCAAUUGGGAAUGCCGUUCGACGACCAAGUCAAACAAGUAGCACCUCGAGUAAUGUAAAGAAUGGUGAUAUCCUCUCUGACAUCGACGGUGAUCUCAAUGAUACUAUUGAUAAGGAGGUUGUUGGUGAUGUUGAUGGAGACAAAAGAGAUGAUCACGAGCCUUCGAACGGAUCAGCGGUUGGUUCUACGAAUCAGCCGAAUAGAAAAAGUUCUAAGAAAAAAGUGAAAAACAUUUUCAAAAAGAAAACAAGAUAAAGUAGGAACAAAAUAAACAAGCACAAUUCUUUUGGGGUGGCCCGUCAGCAGUUUUU